CUUUCGCGGACUUUUCAAGGGUCAUUCAUCAAGUACUUGCGAUAUUUCUGUACAAUAUUAUGUAAUGAACAGGUUUGUUUCAAUGAAAAAUGUCCAUAAAUGAUGUUACCGUGGCAAAAGGUCACCAGAUUUAUCGUUUAGUUCUAACUGGAGGUCCAUGUGCAGGAAAAACUACAGCUCAAGCUCGAAUAUCAAUAUUCUUUGAAAAUCUAGGAUGGAAGGUGUAUCGUGUGCCAGAAGCAGCUACAAUAUUGCUUGGAGGUGGUGUAAAAUUCAAAGAUUUGACUGAGCAACAAUCUUUUGAAUUUCAAGAAAAUUUACUGAAAACCAUCAUUCAGCUGGAGAAUACAUUCUUUAAUCUUGCUAAGAGUUGCUGUCAAAAUUGUUUGGUAAUAUGUGAUCGAGGAGUUAUGGAUCCCUCUGCAUUUCUUAGUAAAGAAAAGUGGGAAUACCUGUUGAAGAAAAAUGGUUGGAACAAUGUAAAACUACGGGAUGAGCGUUACAAUCAAGUUAUACAUCUAGUUACAGCUGCAAAAGGUGCUGAAGAAUUUUAUCAAUUAGAGAACAACAGCUCACGAAGUGAGGGAUUGACUUUGGCCAGAGAGUUGGAUACAAAAGCUUGUCAGGCAUGGCUUGGUCAUCCGUACUUUGAUGUUAUUGGAAACUCGCAAGACUUUAGCGAAAAAUUAUCACGGGCUAUUUCCGCAGUUUGCGCAAAGAUGGGCGUUGAUGUAAAAGAUCGUUUUGAAAAGGACAGUAAAAAACGAAAAUUUCUCGUAUCCACACCUCCAAAGUACUCUAAAUUUCCGCCUCAUCAAGAUUUCGAUGUUCAGCAUGAUUACUUGUUAUGUACAGGAGGUUUGCAGGUACGAAUACGAAAGCGUGGCCAGGAAGGCUAUUAUACGUUCAGUCACACAAUGAGACUUGUUAUUGAUGAGCAAAUUGUCGAGCGAAGAAAAAUUAUAUCUUCAGAAGAAUAUGAGUUACUCUUACAACAAAGAGAUCCCUCUCGACAUUCGCUUACAAAAAAAAGAACAUGUUUUUUAUGGCACAAUCAAUACUUUCAACUCGAUGUUUUUUGCCAACCUACUAGUGAGAGGUGCAAGGGUUUAAUAUUUUUGGAGACGUUCACAACAAAAAAAGGCGCCGAUUUGCAGCUUCCAAAUUUUUUGGAGAUCGAAAAGGAAAUAACCGACGAUAAAGAAUACUCGAUGUACAAUCUUUCUCUGAAUGCCAAGUGAAGGUUACAUAAAAAGUUUUUUAAAAUUAUAUGCUGUUUUUUU